GGACGGGGUGGCGUACUUGUACGUCGCGGACGGCGACGCGGCCAGCCUGGCCGAGCCCUGCGACAGGAGGCAGACCUUCGAGAGCGGGUCCAUCGCGAAUCUGCCCGCGGGCGGCGCGCCGCCCGAGCGGGGAUCGCUGGCCAGCCUGGCGUGGGGCGACCCGCCGGCCGAGGACCCGAGCGGGGGUGCGUCCGGCAGGGAGCCGCACGAGCUCGGGCCAGUUUCGCGGGCCGCGCUCCGCGGGAUGCGCCUGCGCGAGCUGAACUCCAUGUCGUGGAGCCCCGGCUGGAGCUCGCGGGACGCGCUCAGGGCCGCCGCCCUCUCCGGCGAGCGCGCCCGCGACAACAACGCCGCCUCGUGGAGCUCGCGGGGCUCGGCCGCGCUCAACCUGUGCGAGGUCAACGCCGCCUCGUGGGGCUCGCGGGCAUCCGGCUCGCUUCCGCACUGGAUGGCCGCCGACCGCGCGGCAUCGGCGCGGUCCCUGGGCCCGCGGGCCACCACAGACGAAGCCCGCGGAGGAGGAGGGCUGCAGUGGCAGUCCGCGGUGGAGGAGGAGGAGGAGGAGCUGGGCGUCAGCCUCUGCGACGUCAACACCGCCAGCUGGGGCUCGGCGGGCUCGCACCGGCCCUGGCCCUCGCUGUUCAGCGCCGCCCGGGGCCCGCCCUCGGGCACGCACCGCAGCGUCCAGGAGGUGAUGGACGACCUGGCUCUCUCGAGCCCGGCGUUCGGCAGGGCGCCCGGCAGGGACCUCCCCGCCAGGCGUCCAGCGGGGCCCAGGCAGCCCGAGAGGGGGUCGCUGGCGAGCCUGGCGUGGGGCGACCUGCCCGUCGAGGACGGCGCCCCGCAGCCGGACCCCUGCGAGGACCCGGCGCCUGGCCGGGACUUCCCCUCCCCUCCCGGGCAGCACCCGCGGGAACCGCGGGGCGCGUGCGAGCCGCGGGAGCUGGGUGGUCCUCUGCAGCCAUUGCACGAGAUGCACCUGCGCGAGCUGAACUCUGUGUCCUGGAGCCCGGGCUGGAGCUCGCGGGACUGGCACAGGGCUGGUGCCCUCGACGGCGACCUCGCGCGAGACAUCAACGCUGCCUCGUGGAGCUCGCGGGGCUCGGCUGCCCUCAACCUGUGCGAGGUCAACACGGCUUCCUGGAGUUCACGAGUCUCCAACUCGCUUCCGCACUGGAUGGUCCCCGACCGUGCCGCGCUCGCACGGUCGAGCCCGAGGGCCACCGCAGUGGACGCCCGCCCGUCCUCGGUGGAGGAGGAGGCGGACCCCGCCGGGGUGCUGUGGGAGAUCAACACCGCCAGCUGGGGUUCCGCAGGGUCCCACAGGGCCUGGUUCUCUUCGCCCGCGGCCCAGCUGGCCG